GGGCGCUUCCUGGAGAGAGUGAAAGCUGGUCGUGGUUAGCGACCUAGUAGUCAAAGUGAGUUGGGCGGCGUUUCUGGACCCGUGUCGGUGUCCCGAGUGCAGAGCACGUUGGAAUUUGCAGAUGAGAGGGUGAUAGGCAGAAUUAAGUUUGAUAACCUAGAAGCCACUUGCCCAGAAGCACACAGACAUAUGGAAAGAAUAGAGGCCGAGGUUCCCAUUAAUCAUUCUCAUCACUAGAUGUGCCCAGUGUUAGGAAGCUACUGAACAGAAUGGAUGAAGAAUCUGGCAGAUUUCAAAUUAAUACUCCAGAUUUUGUGAAGAAAAAACACAGAGAGAGUUCUGAAACUGAGGGAAAGAAUAACGAAUUUAACAGGGAAGAUCUCAAUGACUCUCUCCUGCUCUUUGAUGAACCAUCUCAAAGGACAACGGACCAAGCAGAUUCUCAGUUCCUCAGUUCUACUUGUACCAGAUCAGAAAUUUGCAGUGGUAAUGAAAUCCUAAAGGAUGUCACUACAACCAAAAAAAGAAAAAAGAAAAAAGUAGUCACCUGUGAUAUACAGGAGGAAAUGGGGGUAAUAUGUGUCCUUGUGAAUAAAGAAAAUAUUGCAAAUAUGGAAAGGGAGAAUUUUAGAAAAGAUGUUGAUGUUGUUUACAUAGAUAAGAAAAAAGGGAAAGUGUUUCCAAGAUCAAAUGAAAAAGAUGAACUGCAUUCAAUUUCUGAAGCUGAUAAAAAUGAGUUAAAAGAUCCAGAUCCCAAAUUUAAGGACAAACUCCAUAAAGUCAGUAGUAGGAAGGGAAAUUUCAAUGAUAUACAGAAGAGCUCUCAUGAGAGCUUCCAUUCCCAAGAGCAAGAAUCUACCUUUUGUUUAGAAAGAGGUGAGAUUGGCGAACCAUUAGUAUCUACUGAUACAGUGAGAUUGUCAAAGUCCCAGAACAAAAGCAAAAGGUCUUCAAAUAAAAACCAUGUGAAAUCUAAGGAUAUUUCCACAUCUGAUGAAAACCUUGUGACCAUGCACACCAAUGGGACACAAGUGGUCAAUGAAGUUAGUGCAUUAGAGGAUGAUAGGACCCUUGAGGAAGAUAGAGUAAAAUCUGUCAAGAAAAACAAAAAAAAGGAUAAGACCUCACAUGAAACUGAUCAGGUGACUGUUCAUGAGUUUUCAGUGCCCCAUGUGAGCUCUGUAGGUGACCAAAUGAAAACAGGCAAUAGUGUUAGUAAUGUGGACACUCUGCAGGGUGAUAGCACCUUUAGUGAAUGCAAUACAGAAUUGGUCAGAAAAAAGAAAAAGAAGCAAAACACUUCAUCUAAAAAUGAUCAAGCACUUGCUGACAAUUUUUCAGUGCCUACGAUGAACUAUGUGGAUAUGCCUUCUGACCAAGUACUUGGGGUAGCUAAUGACAUUGAGACUUGGGAGGGCAAUGGCACCUUUAGUGAAAGUAAUGUGGAAUCUGUCAGGAAAAAGAAAAAAAAGAGAAGGACUUCAAAUAAAAAUGAUACAGUGCCUAUGGAUGAUUUUUCAGUGCCUGAUAUGAACUCUCUGGAUAUACCAUCCAAUAGUGUUAAUAGUAUGAAGACUGUAGAGGGAGAUAGCAUCCUCAGUGAAAGCAAUGUGGAACCCGUAAGAAAAAAGAAAAAGAAGCAUAAGACUUCAUCUAGAAAUGAUAGAGCAACUGCUAAUGAUUUUUCAGCGCUUGAGAUGAGUUCUACGAAUGUGCCUUCCAACCAAAUCGAAGUGGUUGGUGUAGCUGAUUGUAGCAUUGAGACUCUUGAGGAUGAUAGCACCCUUGUGGAAUCUGUCAGGAAAAAGAAAAGAAAGAGAAAGAGAGAGAGUUCACAUAAAAAUAAGCCUUGUACAAGCUCCGUGGAUGUGCCAUCCGACCAGAUGGAAAAAACCAGUGUUAACGUUGAAACUUGGGAGGAUGGUAGCACUUUUAAUGAAAGCAAUGGGGAAUCUAUCAGAAAAAAGAAAAAGAAGCGAAAGAUUUCCACCGAAAAUGAUCAGGCACCUGCUGGUGACUUUUUAGUGUCUGGUCCAAGCUCUGUGGAUUGGCCUUUUGACCAUAUGAAAUUGCACGAUAAGAUUAAUAACAGUGAGACUCUGGAGAAUAAUGAUGCACACAUUGAAAGCAUUGGGGAAUCUGUCAGAACAAAGAAAAAGAAGCAAAAGUCUUCAUCAAAAAAUGAUCAGGCACCUGCUGGUGACUUUUCUGUACCAUGUACAAAUUCUGUGGAUAGGUCUUCCAAACAAGACCAAAUAAAAACUGGUGAUAGUGUUAACAAUAAGGCUGUGGAGGGUGCUGUCAACCUUAGUGAAAGCAAUGUGGAAUCCAGGAAAAAGAAAAAAAAGCAAAAGACCUCAGCUAAAAAUGAGCAGGGAUCUGCUGGUGACUUUUCAGUACCUGGUCCAAGCUCUGUGGAUAGGUCUUCUAACCAUGUGAAAACAAACAAGAUUAAUAACACUGAGUUCCUGGAAAGUGAUGGAACCCUUAUUGAAAGCAACGGGGAAUUUGUCCGGAAAAAGAAAAAGAAGGCAAAGACUUCAACUAAGGAACAGGGAUUGGGUGAUGAUUUUUCAGCUCCUGACAUGAGCUCUGUGGCUAACCCUUCUGACCUUAAGGAAAUAGGUAAUAGGUUUAGCACUGAGACUGUGGAGACUGAGAACACCCUUAACAAUGGGGAGUCUGUCAGGAAAAAGAAAAGAAAGCAAAAGCCUUCAGCUAAAAAUGAGCAGGCCCUCACUAAAGACUACUCAGUACCUGGUCCAAGCUCUGUGGAUGGGCCUUCUGACCAGGUAAAGACAGGUGGUGCUGUUAACAACACUGACACCUUGGAGGGUGAAAGUACUCUUAAUGAAAGCAAUGUGGAGUCUGGAAGGAAAAAGAAAAGAAAGAGAAAAACUUCAACUACAAAGGAUCAAGAACCUGUGGAUGACUCUUCAGUUCCUGGUAUGAGCUCUAUGGAUGCACCCUCUGGCCAAAGAAAAGCAAUCCACAGAACUGAUAACAUGACAAAUUCAGAGAGUGGUGACACUCUUGAUGAGAGAGGGAAAGACACCAGGAGAAAGAAGAAGAAGAAAGAAUCUCACUCAGAAAAAACAAAUGUAGAAAUUGAGGAGAGGUUAGUAUCUACAAAUGAGGAAAGAAGGAACUUGGAAGAAGCUGACAAUUCAGAUUUGGAAAAUUUGUCUGAGAGUUUGAUAGAUCUAGAUGUUGACUUGGAUACUGCAGUAAAGAAGCUCCAAGAGUUUAUUCCUAAUGUGAAGGAAAGAGCCCCUGCUACAAUAAAGCGAAUGUAUAGGGAUGACUUAAAACGGUUUCAGCAAUUUAAAGAACAAGGUAUGCCUAUUAAAUUUGGCAAAUUUUCUGCAAAGGAAAAUGAACAACUACGGAAAAAUGUGGAAGAUUUUUUAGCACUGACUGGAAUUGAGACUGCGGACAAACUGCUGCAUACAGACAGAUAUCCAGAGGAGAAAUCUGUUAUCACAGACUUAAAAAGAAAGCACCAAUUUAGGUGCCACAUUGGUGAAGGUAUUCCCCGGCCAUGGAAAUUAGUAUAUUAUAGAGCAAAAAAAAUGUUUGAUAUCAACAAUUAUAAAGGCAGAUAUAGUAAAAAGGACACUCAGAAGUUAAAGAAGUACCAGUCCAUACAUGGAAAUGAUUGGAAAAAGAUUGGUGAGAUGGUGUCCCGCAGUAGCCUCUCUGUGGCACUGAAAUUCUCUCAGAUUAGCAAUAAGAUAAAUCGUGGUCCUUGGAGUAAAGCAGAAACUCGCAGACUAAUUAAAGCUGUUGAAGAGGUGAUUCUAAAGAAGCUGUCACCAAAGGAGUUGGAAGACAUAGACUCUCGGCUCCAAGAAGACAGUUCCCCAGAAUCUUUAUCAAUUUUGCGGAAACAGCUCUACCAGGGCAUAUCUUGGGUAGAAGUAGAAGCCAAAGUAGAGACGAGAAAUUGGAUGCAGUGUAAAAGUAAGUGGCCUGAAAUUCUAACCAAGCGGAUGACCAAUGGGAAGGUUGUGUACCGUGGGACAAAUGCUCUGCGUGCCAAAAUCAACCUUAUUGAAAGGUUGUAUCAAACAAAUGCACAAGAAGCUAAUGAAGUUAAUUGGGAAUACGUUGCUGGUGCCAUUGGAGAUGUUCCUCCAUCCUAUGCUCAAUCUAAGUUUUACAAACUGAAAGCUACCUGUGUCCCUCUUUGGCAGAAGAAGACCUUCCCAGAAAUCAUAGACUUCCUCUAUCAAACCAGCCGCCCACUACUGGAACAGAGGUUAAAGAGGAAGCUGGAGAAGGAAGGCACAACUGUCCAGGAACCUGAGGUGCCAAGGCAGUCAUUUCGAUUCAAGGACAUCUUUUUUUGUGAAAGUGACAGCGAAGAAGAAGAUAGAGAAGAAAGCAGCUAAACUGGGGUCACACACAAGUCCCUUUUUUAUGUUUCUAAUUUAUUGCACUGCUCAUAGUCUUUUAGCUAUUUUCAGAAUUGUCAUCCUGUGAAGAAUGGAUAAUGACCAGGGAAGGGUUGGGAUUUCGAGGUAGGAGAGACCCUUAAAGUGUCUUCUAAUCCUCUCAUUUUACAGGUGCAGAAACUGAGGCCCCAUGAGGUAAGGUCACCUUACUGAGGCAAUGUGGUAAAUCUAGGAGAAAAAGAAAAUUUACUAGCAAUGUAACCAGGCUUAAUUUCCUCGUGUGUAAAAUGAGAAUAAGAAUACUUGCACUCCCUAUCUCCCAGAGUUGUUGUGGAGAGAGUACUCUGUAAAAUUGCCAAUUGUUAGCCAUAUAAAAUGGUUUUUUAAUUAUUGUUCAGUGUCUUGAUUUUAAUCUGAUAAAGUGGCUUUUUACUAAAAAAUCUUAUAUUUUAGGUCAUUAGAUAGUUUAAUAUAUUUGUAUCUUAGGUUAUCAUGAAAAUAUUAUUUGUGUUGUUUUAAAUUUGAUAUCCCUCACAAAUGGAGUGCGACCAAUUUGUACUGCUAAUGUAUUGAACAAUAUCUUCAGGUUUUUUUUAAAUGUAUAGAUGGUUCCUUGUACCUUUCAUUGUAGUUAAUGAAACAAGUAUAAAAUCUAUUAGAUGAAGAUUUUUAAUCUUGUAGUGAAAGUGCAUGUAUGCUUGAUUUAAGGAGCACUGUUGGAGAUUAUUUCAU